AUGACCGACGAUGUGCUGGCAGGAACGAAACCAUAUAAUGACGCCGAUUUGGCGCCUCAUCUGCAGUUCAGCGUCCGGGUUUCGGACCCUGCGUCGAGCAGGACAGAUGUGUCAAGGGGAGGCAGCGACAAUGCGGAAAUGGAGCAAGGCUACAGUGCCUCCGACAAUGCGGAAAUGGCGACGUCGAAUUUGAGACGAGCUGUGGGUAAUAACUUGAAUCCUGACGGGGCUGCGCGUCCAGAAUUGGAGGAGCUCCUAAACUUCAUAUCGGCGCCUGAACAGGCCACAGGAGCCCCUCCGAGAAGGUCCUUCGGCCUCCACGACGAAAGUGACGCGAAGAAAAAUAUGUCAAUUGUUGAUGCGUGUACGUGGAAACUUUUCCACGUUUCCCCGGCGGCGGCCUCACAUGCAGUCGGCCCGUCAGCUUUACCCUCGACCCCUGAAAACGACGGUGUGGUGCGUGCCGCUGCAGGCACGGCAAACGGACGCUGCGCCAGAGGGCGGAAUGAACAGGACGGCAGCUGUGAGACGGAACCAGGUCAGACGCUCGUCACUGCGCGAGAGCCGUCGAUGGCGUUCACUUUUCAGGACAACCAGACGAACUGUGGUGGUGAAACAGCGUAUGCAGGGAUCAUCCCAAAGACGGAUUGUAUCCCCACGAGCGCGAGGCAUCACGAGGGAGAAAGAGGGAUACAUCGAGAGUCGCAGACCCGAUGCGAAGGCGACGAAAAGGUCUCUAAGGGUCUCUCAGAGGGAGCUGACGCACGAGACCCGCGACAAACAGACACAACGGAGACCGAGGGGUGUCGCCUGGGCGAUUGUGUGGGUUAUCCAGUUGCUGUUUCCAAUGACAAAGAAAGCCAAAGUGAUUUACGGGGCUCAGCCGCUUGCGCAGAUGCGAGAAGAGCACAGCUGUGCCAUGAACCUUCCCUCUGUAUCGAAGAAGAAGCGGCCGCCUUCGUCACGGCCCUCCACGAAACGCUGCUCACUCCACAGAAACUGCUGAACGUCAGUGGAAGUGUAAGUCCUGUUUCGCUACCGAUGUCGAUAGAUGAGACCUACGCAGACCAUCAUGUGAUUCGAAGUCGGGACAUGUCUCCUUUUAACCGAAGCGAGCAUUCCCCGUCACACCGCAUCCUCCAAGACCUCCCCCCUCUUCAAGAACACUGUGAGGGACAAACGAGGAUCCCGGCUUCGAAAGGCGAUCCGUCCUUUGAGGAGGGCGGGAUGGCGAGAGGAGAGAAGGAUCAAGACGAUGGCGGCGCAUCGUGGUCGCCUUGUGACAAGACUCUCUUCCCAUUGGGCGGAAUCAAAUCUUCACUUCCUGGAGCUUCGGACGGGGGCGAAGAUCUUGAAGGCGACGAAGAGCUCAGACCCAAGAUUGACUGGGAAGUGGACCCUGAGCCCUGUGAGGAGAGACGUGAAGGGGAAAACGUGUCUCCGGCGGAGGCAUAUCUUUCACUGUCUCAGGAGGGCGGUCUGCAGCGGAGCAAUCAAGAGGACAGCUCUCUCGACAAAGGCCACGGACAGGUGAUGGAUGACGACAGCGGAAUCGCAGGUGGAUCGGGGACUGGGCCGAGUUCCAGUCUUUCGGGGAAGAAAGCCAAGCCAAAUCGCCCCGGCACUGGGUUUUGUAGACUAAACCUCGCGCAAGGACUCGCCUUUACCCGCACCAACAGUGGAGGCUCUUCAAGUCCUGGGUACGCCCACAGCGUGUUUGGCAGAUGCAGCACCUACAGCAGUCUGCACAGUACAGACGGCAUUUGGCUACAGGGUCUCGGGUCUCCUCUCGGAGCGUGUCCACUCGGCUCCGGCGUCUUUGGAAUAGACCCAAAGUCGGGAGCGGUAACAAGGGAGAUGGCCGGCGAGUGUCUGGGCGACGAGGGCGGCGCAUUCCGAACCACGGUUGCGUUUAGCCCUAGAGACAGCCGGUGCGGCAACCGCCCCAGUAUGGCUGCCCCAGGUGCCGCUAUCGCAGGGCUCUGUCUCUCAACAGUUAAACAAUUCUAUAGUGACCGGUGUAAGCAUACGCUUUUGUGGGGAGGCUGUCAACCGCGUAGCGGGUAUGGUGAACAAGACUCGAGUACCGUUGACCAAUCAGGGAUGCGUUUUGAAGAACGACGAGCAUCUGGACUUCUUCAGGUUCAAAGGCAACUGAAGGACGUCCGGCAAAGACUAAAAAGCUUGUGUUUACGGGGAACCGACUUUUCUGCCGUGUGCGACGACACUGAAAGUGUCGUCUGCUGCUACAUGGCCGGAAAGAUAGUACCAGCGCAUGACGUCGGAGAACUGUCUAGAGACGUUUGUGCCAGCAACCCGGGCACAACCCCCGGAGGCACAGCCUUUGAUGGAGAUCCAGUCGACCCGGUGGAGACGUCGUCCGCAGUUGACGGCGGAGCUGCGCGUUUUUUUGAGCAUCUUCUGCUUUUGACGGUGCAAGGGAAGGCAGAUCGGCUGGGCCGGGAUGGCGACUUUUCUGGUGGCAGUGAUGCCGACCGCGCCACACAUCUCGGCAGCCGAGCAACGUGGAUCAAGAGGAAAUUUCGAGUCGCGUCGGAAAUCCUCGUUCUGCGUUCUGAUCAGAACAGCCAAGACGCAAUCCAAGGGGCGGCAGCAGUGGCUGCAGGUCUCGCAAAGAACGAGGCCACGCCGUUCCCUACAGAUGCAGUCCAGCGAUGCCAACUUCUGAAAACGGUGUUGUCUCUCAUGAGCGGGGGAGCUCGGGACGGAGACGGAGACGACCAGGCGGGUCAUGCGUGUUACUCGGCUCGUACAGGAAACGUGCGGAGAAGCCCGCGUGCUGGUCGUGUGGAUGACAACCUGCGGGUGCUAGGUGGAUCGGACGCAACUCUGGAACCCAGCGGAUGUGGCGGAAGGUCACCAAGCAGAAGCCCCAGCGCGCAGUCCCGUGGGUCAGAUGGGCCUAGCGUGUGUCUUCAUCCUCCGCUGUCUGGCUCGUCACUCUUUCGAGGCCUCUCCCCGAAAGACCGGAACAGUUAUGCAGCUGAUUUCCGUGCCGAGGGAUCCAGGUUUUGCCCUCCUGCUGCGACGAGCCGGGAUGCGGACACCUUUACUCCAUCGCGUGAAGCGGCUGCGAUGUGGCUACCUUCGCGGUUGCCCAUGUCGGCUUCGGAACUGGCAAGGCAGUCAUCCGCGGAAGACCACUCACGCAUGCAGCAAGGGCCCGAAGGCGGUGCGCCAGGAGCGGGAACUGGGAGGGACGGAGAUCAGAAACCCGACAGUUUUGUGCGAAAUAUCCAAGAGGUAGUUUCAGAAGAUCGAACGGUGUCAGGAAGGACGUUCGCAUUUGUAGUGCCUCCAGAGGCGCCGCGUUUCGGAGAGGUACCGCGUCCGGCGGGGCGUCUGUGUAACCCGCUGGAGUCGCCAGCGCUUUCGAGGUCUGACGGUACGCAGGCCGAGACAGGACCACGGCAGUUUGUAGGACCGGCUGAUGUUCCAAGUGAAGCGGCUGCGGCGGUUGCGGCGGCAUCCCGGUUGCUAGACCAGUAUGCCUGUGAGGAACUGCGAACAGACAAGCGAGAGGCAGGUGUGAGUGAGGUUGCUGCUGGAGCUCGCGUGGACAUCCCCUUACACCAUGGCCUGGAAUCGGAAAGACUUCUGCUGGAGUGCGGCCUACGACCUCGAGACGGUCUGGGGGAUUCCCAGCAAACCAGGCAGUUUGCCUCGUCAUCUGAAGAUACUCUGCCGCUUCCAGCUGCAGCUCAGGUCGGGGGAAGAGAGGCACACGGCGGGCUGGACCCGAUGCCCCCAGCGUCUGCAGAAUUGAUGAAUGCUCUCGUGCAACAGGUACAGCACCAGCUGCAACAACAGAUAGAGCAGCAACUCCAGAUUCAUCGUGGUGCGGCGGCCGAGUGUCUGAGACCUCCAGCAUUAGGCUCUGCCGUCGCGUCGCAGGGCGCUUCCGUGCAGACUCUGCCUCCACUGUCAGCACUGAACAAGCAAAUCAGCGGGCGCGGUAACAGCCAGCUGGAUGCUUCAGAAGCCUUUCCAGUUUCCGCGAUCGAAGCUGCGGCGGUGGCACUGCUCGAGAGCCGGCGAUGCUCUCUGAGUGCAGCAAGGGCUCUUCGAGCACCCAGUGCUUCGGCAGCUGCUCCGCCGGCUCUUGGACGCGGCGCCCCAACUGUCCCCGUGAUUAGCGGCUCCUCAAGUAGUACUCCCUUGGACAUUCUCGGAAUGGACGGCGCCGAUGAUCUCCACGACUUUAAAGAGCACUGCUCAGUUUUCAUUAGCUGGAUACCGCGAGUUGCACGCGCAGAAGACCACCGACAAAAGGAGCAAAUGGAGAAACGAUUGAAGCUCUUGUUUGAAGUAGGCUUGAAAGUUCGAGGUAUUGUGCGCGUCGCGCUCUUUCCUCCGCGUGGCUCCCACUGCUGCGUUCUUUUCGAGACUCCGCAAGCAGCACAAGCCUUUAUCAGACAGUAUGGGGGCUCCACGUACACCUCUAGCACGGAACGUUUCAAAGCGGAGAUCUGCGCUGCGCAUGCUGUCACUUUUGACCGUGGCAUCGAACGCGUUUUUGUUCGCAUUGAGGAAUUCAAACCCCAGUUGCUUCAACAAACCUGUUCCAACCAACCGGCGCACGGUGCGGGAUCGAGUGGCUCGGGCUGCUCGCCUGCCAGUUCUCGGCCCCUCUCUACUGCGGCAACUGCAGAAGGUUCAGGGCGCCAGAACUCCGGUCACCAGAGGCACCAGCAAGGUUCUCUAGGGCCUGCUCUCGCCCCUUUCAACUCACUACGCACACCGGUCGAGAAUGCGCGAGAGGAAAGUUUCAUGCAGCACCGCUCGCUCCAGCAGCUCAUGUUUCUCAAGCAGCUUCGGCAGGAGCAUAAUGGGGAGUCUCACCUGGAGGAAGCGCACGGUUCGACCCCAUCGACGUUAUCAGGGUUCCCCGCGGCCGGUCUCCCGGCCUCUCCGGACCUCUGCAGCCUCCAGCAGGAACGGCAACGCGUGCUGUUUCGCUCCCAGUCGGCUGUGCAGGGGGCACUUGAAAUUGCAAACUUUUUGUCCAGCCGAAGCGGGUCCAAGAAUUUGUUGCAGCAACGCCGGCAUCCCAGAUUUGGACGGGCGGCCACAAUGGAUAUGCCGUCACAGUCGUGGCUAGGAGGGCAUCGACAGGCAGCGGACAUUCGGGGACAGAAUUCCGUGCCAGCUGUUCACAAUCGAGCCUGCGCCGAGGCGGGCACCGAGGGGCCGUUUGGCGCGGUGUAUACUGCUAAGCCUGGCGAGGACGAAAUGGACCGGCAACAGCUGACAAAGGCAGGCGCCCGUCUUCUCUCCGAGUUGAAACCAGAAGAGCAAGCAGAGCUUGGCCAGCUGUGGCAAGCGUUAAUGCUCCAGCAGCAGUCUCUUUUCGCGGCAGGAGGAAACGGAGCCCCUAGCCUUCCCAGACAGAGUCCAUCUCAACAGCUCCUCACAGCCGGGCUGCAACAGCUUCGCCGAGAACAGCACUUCCCUAAGCGGCGGCACAGAGAUUCUCAGAACCGUGGUGCGGAGCGGGCUGCGGAGUUGCACCAGGGAGGGAAGCACUCCAUUCCCGGCAGAGCAGACGUAGAAGGGACUGUAGAGCAUGCAGUGGGCGUCAAGCGACAGUUUUCGGUGAAGCAGCGUGUCAACGUUGUUUCAUCGAUUAUUUUUGAAUGGUACCUACCAUUCUGCAGAUGA